AGACACUCCAUCACAGCGGGUACAGUUUAUCCUCGGAACUGAGGAUGAUGACGAGGAGCACAUUCCCCAUGACCUUUUCACAGAACUGGAUGAGAUUUGCUUGCGUGAAGGUGAGGAUGCUGAGUGGCGAGAAACAGCCAGGUGGUUGAAAUUCGAAGAAGAUGUGGAAGAUGGAGGAGAAAGGUGGAGCAAGCCCUAUGUAGCUACUCUUUCGCUGCACAGCUUAUUUGAGUUGAGGAGUUGUAUCCUGAAUGGAACUGUUUUGCUGGAUAUGCAUGCCAACACAUUAGAAGAAAUUGCAGAUAUGGUCCUUGACCAACAAGUCAGCUCGGGUCAGCUGAACGAAGAUAUACGACAUAGGGUCCAUGAGGCACUGAUGAAGCAGCAUCACCACCAGAAUCAGAAAAAACUUACCAACAGGAUUCCUAUUGUUCGUUCCUUUGCUGAUAUUGGCAAGAAACAAUCAGAACCGAAUUCCAUGGAUAAAAAUGGUCAGGUUGUUUCUCCUCAGUCUGCUCCAGCCUGUGUUGAAAAUAAAAAUGAUGUUAGCAGAGAAAACAGCACUGUUGACUUUAGCAAGGUUGAUCUGCAUUUUAUGAAAAAGAUUCCUCCAGGUGCUGAAGCUUCAAAUAUCUUAGUUGGAGAACUGGAAUUCUUGGAUCGAACUGUAGUUGCAUUUGUUAGGUUGUCUCCAGCUGUAUUGCUUCAAGGGCUGGCUGAAGUUCCAAUCCCAACCAGAUUUUUGUUCAUUCUUCUGGGACCCCUGGGAAAGGGUCAACAGUACCAUGAGAUUGGCAGAUCAAUUGCAACCCUAAUGACAGAUGAGGUAUUUCAUGAUGUUGCUUAUAAAGCUAGAGAUCGUAAUGACUUGGUAUCAGGAAUUGAUGAAUUUCUGGAUCAGGUUACUGUUCUCCCUCCUGGAGAAUGGGAUCCAAGCAUUCGAAUAGAGCCUCCCAAAAACGUUCCUUCCCAGGAGAAGAGGAAGAUUACUGCUGUACCAAAUGGAACAGCAGCUCAUGGGGAAGCAGAGCCCCAUGGAGGACACAGUGGACCUGAACUCCAGCGAACUGGAAGGAUUUUUGGGGGACUUAUUUUAGAUAUCAAAAGAAAAGCUCCAUACUUCUGGAGUGACUUCAGAGAUGCUUUCAGCCUGCAGUGCUUAGCAUCUUUUCUGUUUCUCUACUGCGCGUGUAUGUCUCCUGUCAUCACAUUUGGAGGACUCCUUGGAGAAGCAACUGAAGGCCGUAUAAGUGCAAUCGAAUCUCUGUUUGGAGCAUCCAUGACUGGAAUAGCCUAUUCUCUCUUUGGUGGUCAGCCUCUUACCAUAUUGGGCAGUACAGGACCAGUUUUGGUGUUUGAAAAGAUUUUGUUUAAAUUUUGCAAAGAGUAUGGGUUGUCAUAUUUAUCUUUAAGAGCUAGCAUUGGACUUUGGACUGCAACCCUGUGUAUCAUACUUGUGGCUACUGAUGCGAGUUCCCUUGUCUGCUAUAUCACUCGGUUUACUGAAGAAGCUUUUGCUUCUCUUAUUUGCAUUAUCUUCAUUUAUGAGGCCCUGGAGAAGUUGUUCGAACUCAGUGAAGCAUAUCCCAUCAACAUGCAUAAUGAUUUGGAACUGCUGACACAAUACUCGUGUAACUGUGUGGAGCCACAUAAUCCUAGCAAUGAUACACUGAAGGAAUGGAGGGAGUCCAAUAUCUCUGCCUCUGAUGUAAUUUGGGAGAACCUGACAGUGUCUGUAAGUAAAAUUAAAAAAAAAAAGGGAGAGUUUGUGGGGGGAGCCUGUGGCCACGAUCACCCAUAUGUUCCAGAUGUUCUGUUUUGGUCUGUGAUCUUGUUCUUUUCCACAGUUACUCUGUCAGCCACACUGAAGCAAUUCAAGACUAGCCGGUAUUUUCCAACCAAGGUUCGAUCCAUAGUGAGUGACUUUGCUGUUUUUCUCACAAUUCUGUGUAUGGUUUUAAUUGACUAUGCCAUUGGGAUCCCAUCUCCCAAACUCCAAGUACCAAGUGUGUUCAAGCCCACUAGAGAUGAUCGUGGCUGGUUUGUUACACCUUUAGGUCCAAAUCCAUGGUGGACAGUGAUAGCUGCUAUCAUUCCAGCUUUGCUUUGUACUAUUCUGAUUUUUAUGGACCAACAAAUAACAGCUGUCAUCAUCAAUAGAAAAGAGCAUAAACUGAAGAAAGGUUGUGGGUACCAUCUGGAUCUAUUAAUGGUGGCUGUCAUGCUGGGUGUGUGUUCCAUCAUGGGCCUGCCAUGGUUUGUGGCUGCAACGGUCCUCUCCAUCACUCACGUCAACAGCCUCAAGCUGGAAUCAGAAUGUUCAGCUCCAGGAGAACAACCCAAAUUCCUUGGCAUUCGAGAGCAAAGGGUUACUGGGCUUAUGAUUUUUAUUCUUAUGGGCUCUUCAGUUUUUAUGACCAGUAUUCUGAAGUUCAUUCCCAUGCCAGUAUUAUACGGAGUAUUUCUUUAUAUGGGUGCUUCAUCACUAAAGGGAAUCCAGCUUUUUGAUAGAAUAAAGCUCUUUUGGAUGCCUGCGAAACAUCAACCAGAUUUUAUAUAUCUAAGGCAUGUACCACUUCGGAAAGUUCAUCUCUUCACCAUUAUUCAGAUGAGCUGCCUUGCCCUUUUGUGGAUAAUAAAAGUUUCAAGAGCUGCUAUUGUCUUUCCCAUGAUGGUAUUAGCUCUGGUAUUCGUAAGAAAAUUGAUGGAUUUCUUGUUUACCAAACGAGAACUCAGUUGGUUGGAUGAUUUAAUGCCUGAGAGUAAGAAAAAGAAACUAGAAGAUGCUGAAAAAGAAGAAGAACAAAGUAUGCUAGCUAUGGAAGAUGAGGGCACUGUACAACUCCCACUGGAAGGGCACUACAGAGAUGAUCCAUCUGUAAUCAACAUUUCUGAUGAAAUGUCGAAGACUGCCUUGUGGAGAAACCUUCUGAUAACUGCUGAUAACUCAAAAGAUAAGGAGUCAAGCUUUCCUUCUAAAAGCAUUGAAAGCCGAAAAGAGAAGAAAGCUGACUCAGGGAAAGGUGUUGACAGGGAGACUUGUCUAUGACUUGAUCUUCAAUUUAUUUUUUACAUAUAUAUGAGAAGAGUGCCACAAUUAUUGAUAAAACUGCUUUGAUCAUGUAUUAUAAAUUCUGUCUCUCAUCCCAAAUCCACCAUACUGUAAGUAGUGCAAUACUUGUUUCAUUUCUGUAUUUAAACUUCUGAGCAAUGAGACACCUUUGUGAACAAAUACAUUAGCUGAUGCAAGAAUCUGUGUGUUCCUGGCCAUAAGUUAGACAUUUGUAAACACUGGCUUCUCAUUGUCAAUUUUAUGAGAGCAAUAGCUUUCUUAAAGAGAUAAGUCAUAUUUACCUAGUUUGUAUUUUCCUACUUUAGUGACCUGAAGUUGCCUGAUAAUUUUAUCCUGAAGAAUUUUGAAAGGUAGUGUUACUUCUUUUUAUUUUUUAUAGCUUAGUGUUAGAGACUUAUUUCAAAAGACCCAAAUCAAAAAGUUAGUUUAAAAGCAUUUUAAAAUAAUUGCAUUUAUGCACUUUUUGAUUUAUUAUGACACAUUUAAUACUUAAAAAUUUAUAUGUAAGUAAAACUUAAAGUCAUUUGAAAAACAUGUAGAAACCUGUUCACUACUUGUUAAAAGAGAAUCAGACACUAAUGCAGAGUCAAGUAGUAUUUGCUUAAGAUUCAAGUUGUGACUACAAGAUCGAAUACGGGGCUGGUAUGCAAUGUUUUAGAAUAACUUUGUAACAGUUUUGUGGAAUUUUCAAUAUAAAUGUUUAUCAGAAAUGUGUUGUUAAAUUUCUCCCCCAUUGAAAACAGAUGCUUUCCCGAUAAACCUACUAUAGACAUGCUCAUGGGAUACCACGUAGAAAAUCGUUGUAUGUGAACUUCCACUCCUGUACAGUCACUCGCUACUGAUGUUCACACACUGCUAACACCAGUCCUAAUCGUGUUCUAGUGCUAGGCCAGCAGGUCUCUAAUUGUAUUUUUUUCUGCAAAGAUCUUUUCCACUUUUUAAUUAAGUGCAUGCUGUGGAAAAACAAUAUUUUAAAUACAAAGUUCAGGUUUCAUUUGAGAAGGUUCUAUAGAUGUUUUCAACCCACAUGAAGUAAUCCAUCUUUACUAAGCUGAUAUAGGAGGGAGGAAGGAAAGUACAGAAUUUUUGAGCAUUACUAAAAAUAAUUUUAGAUAAAAUAAAUGUGAAGUUAAUAAAGACUAAAUCUCAUAGUGUUUUUGGUUCAUAAGAGUAAUCAGUGACCAUCAACCUUAUAAUACUUCAGUGUCUAAUUUUAUAUUUCCGAGCCCUGUGGUUUUUACAAACUAGUAUUAUAUACUCUGCUUAUAAGUGAAAAGUGAGAAAAAUUCCUCCUGUAAUUAAGCUAAUGAAAAAAUAAAUCCUCUAUUAGGUUCAACAUUUUGAUACAUCCUGAAAAAUCCCUCUCAUAAUCCUUGAAGGAGCCAUUUUUUUUAAUAGAACAUGAGCCUAAAAAUUAUCGGAAGAAAAAUUUGCAGCUAAUUAAGUUUGUAUUUAUAAAUGCUGAAGAAAAAUGCAAAAAACUUUCUGUUCCAAAUGGAUUGCCUUCGUGUAUUUUAUAAUACAGAUACUAUAUUGUAAACAGUCCCGUUGUUUUACGAUUUAGCCAGUCAGUCCCAAAAGCAGCCUCCUCGUGUUUUCAUACAGUAACUGUUCUCUUAAAAUGAUCAUAGUGAAUUAAGAGCUUCACGUGAUCACCUAUUUGAAUAA